CCAAAACUGGAUCAAAAUCAAUUCAAAAGGUGAUAUUCGUAAUCACCGUGAAAUUUUGCAUCGAAUGAUAUAGUUUUAAGUGAAAAAUAAGAACUUGCAAUUCUUUUGAAUUAGCGGCGCCUUAUAUCUGUUUAUGAUGCAACUAUAAUGGAUAUUCGAUGUUUCUGUCCCCCAUCAUACUAUGGUUCAAACUGUGAAUAUUAUAGUGAUCGUAUGACAAUAAUUACACAUUUAAAUUUAAUGAAUUUGAAUGUCAUUAAAAUAUUAGCAACAUUUCAUUUUAAUAAGGAAUUAGUUGAUUUAUAUGAAUUUUAUGUUCUACCCUAUUCCUUAAGGGAAAUAAAUUUCAUUUUCUCUGUUCGAGAUCAUCAUAUAAUGUUAAACAUAAGAAAAGACGUUAUUAUAAUCGAGCAGAUAUUAUUGAACAUCAUCCAUAUUUUGUACGUUUUGAAGCCUAUGAGAAUCUUCAAUUGAUUGGUUUAUGGCAAUAUCCAGUCUAUUUUGAUUAUUUACCAUCGUUUCGUUUGUCAAAAAUUCUAAAACUUCCUUCAUUUUUCGUAAAUCAAACUGAUCCAUGUUCCAGUCAGUCAUGCCAAUCAAAUUCUGUUUGUCAACGAAUCCUUAACACCAAUCAUUCAUAUGCCUGUUUGUGCGAAAAUGGUUUAUAUGGACAAAAUUGUCAAAAAUAUGACAGACAGUGUUCAACAUUUUGUUCGCCAACAUCGAUCUGUAAACCAACAUCUCAAAAUAGACUAACAUUUUGUGUUUGUCCAUUUGGUCGAUUUGGAGCAUCAAGCAACUUGAAAUAUGAUCACUGUAAUCAAUCAUCUUGUUCAAACAAUGAAAAGCAAUUUUAUGGUGAUCGAUGUCAACAUGAGAAAGUUUCUAUCCAUGUUCGACUUAAAACAAUAACCCCACCAUUAGCUUCUAUAGUACAAUAUUAUGACAUAAACAAUUUAACAUUGAAUUUGAUUAUAAAAUCUCAGCAGGUUUAUCCAGCAUUGCCAAAAGAAUUUGAAUUUAAUCAUACACAAGUCAUAGCACCAGUAUUAGGAAUUUUGAAAUUAUAUACACAAAACUAUCAAACGGAAGAUGUAAUCUAUUCUAUCAUAUGUAUUCAACAAAAUCAAAAAGUUAUAAAUAUUACAACAGAGUUAAUAACAUGUCCAAAUGCUCUUACGUUACUCCGAAAAAUCGAAGGUCUUGAUGGAGAUUCAGUGGAGUCGUCCCAGUUCCAGAUUCGAAUUUCAGUUGGUGACUUGUUAUCCUUUCACGAUAAGGACAUUUGCAUCUGUGAAUGGGAUCGUUAUCGUGCUGAAUGUUUCGGUUAUAACCAUUAUCUGGAUCGAUGUUCUCAUUGUCUAUCAAAUGGUCAAUGUUUACAAGGCGAUUUGCAAGACAGAAAUGAUUAUCUCUGUUUAUGUCCACAAUGUCACUUUGGUCGUGUUUGUCAGUUUAGUACAGAAUUAUUAACUUUUACAUUAGAUUCAUUAAUUAUUAAAGACACAUUCAACGUCCAUUAUAUUACGUUUCAGCGAUCUGUUCCACGUAAAUUUGGUGUUGGUGUUUUGAAAAGUAUUGAACACUCGAUUUUUUAUAGACAUUUUACGAAAAGUCCUGAGAUUGACCAUUCCACUCAAGGGGGUCCUAAUGUGGUCUUAUCUCAAGAACGGCUCAAUCCAUUGAUCUGA